AUAGCCACGUUGACAUGUACACUACACACGGUCGUCAGGUUUCAACACAAGACUCGUGAGGGUGGCUAAACAUUAUUUGGGAGUGCUGACGCCAGCGACACAGGUGACGUGAAUCCAUAGGUAUUGGAUAAUAUAGACUUGGACAAGAUAAGACACGAUGGGCAUGGUAUGGGACAAUUUUGUGCGUAAAUUUUUGUUUAUUCUGAUCGGAGUAGUACUGGGCUAUACUCUGUCCAUGAUUCAAUACGCACACGACAUUAAAAACGCCGGACAACCAGCUGCUACCUAUAACCAGGAUGUACAACGUCGCUUCUCAGUAGAUGAGAAUAUCCGACCUUCCCAGGAACCACAGAAGAAAAAUGGGCCAAGGAAAAUACUUCUGGACUGCGGAGCUAAUGUCGCAUCUACAGUACAGUUAUUUAGGGAGACCUACCCUGAUGGAAGAGACUACAUUAUCCACUCGUUUGAGCUAGAUUCGAGGCUAGCGCCCUACUUCGCGUCCUACUCCAACCACGUGCUGCACUGUCCAGUCGCCGUGGCCGGGAAAGAUGGAAACAUCACAGCGUACGCCGAGACAGCCUGGAGACCAGACAAAGGCAAGGUGGCCGGCGCAGACAUGCAGUGGGGAGGGGGAAGCAUUUACGUGUGGGAGGCCGAGAAAAGGAACGGCAAUGUCGGCAGACAUCUCGGUUUUCAAAAUGUCAUACCCAUGGUGGAUCUGUCCAGGUGGAUACGGAAAAACACCGAACUUACCAUUACGGUACAGGUCGGGAUGAACAGGAAGGCGGCCCACAAGCUGGUGGAGACUAUCCGGGCGCACCACAGCAACAUGCCGGCCACUCUGUUCGUGUACGGGGACUUCGUGCAGGAAUAUCCAGACCUGGUCACACAGUGGGCACAGACAUACACCAUAGGGAUGCGAGAGAACGCACCCUUUCCAGAAGAUCACUGGGACCUUCAGAACACCAACGUCGUGCGGAUGGGAAUGAUCUCGGCCGUGCAGCGGAUGAGAGAAGCGGGGCUGCAACCAGCCUACUUCUAUCCGAGUAGCCUGUCAAAUCAGGUGAAAAAUGAAGCUAGUAGAAGGGGAAUGAGAAUCAUCCAAUCGACAACCAAGUUUCCUCCGAACAUUGGCACGCUGUUGACGGAAGAAAACUACUACCGAUUCCGAGACGUGGAAAGGACACCCAAGGCGCUCCGGAUUCUGCACGAACGGAUCUCAUACGGCGGGAUUCUCACUCUGGACAGCGAUCAUCCCGACAGCUACAUGAUCUCCGCUUUCCUCAUGGACUAUCUGUACGAAAACUCGGGCUUCGAGCUUGUCAGUAUAGACAACUGUUUGAAGUGAUAAAAUGAAUGCAUGAAUAAAUGCAUGAAUAUAUAUAUAUACAUUUGUGGUACAUUGUAUGGCAACAAUGACAAUGUUAUCAUUACAGUACUGCUAGUCUAUUUUUAGAAGCUACACUACCAAAGUGGCAAUUUUUUUUUCAGAGAGGAAUAAUUUUCUUCCACUGAGAAAAUUUUUCUUCACCCAAG